UUUAAUUAUCUAGAUCUUAUCUAUUUUGAUUGCUAUAAAAUUCCGCUAUCACUAUUUCAGUCAGCCCUGAUCGAAAUGUUUGGGGCAUUUCUCAGUGACCUAAUGCAAUUACGGGGUUCUUAGCUUCAUUGUAAAUCAUUGUAUUUUAAAGUUUAUCUGAUGAUAUUUAAUAAAAGAAAUUACGUACAACAUUUAUUUUCUCUUGAAUUUUUCCUUUAGAUUCUUAACGAUGAUAAAAUUAUUUAUUAUAUUAUUUUUGUGUACACUUUACGUGUCGAGUUAUGGAAUGAAAUGGAGAUCAAUCCGCUCUCUUCACAGCUCGUUCUCUUCAUCAUCCGAAUCCAAUGAUCUCGAAGGAAUUCGAAAUGAGCAAAUAAGAGAAAGUGAAAAUGAGUAUGAGCUUAGACAAUUAAUUGAACGAGGAUUUGCUGAUUGGCAGGCAUACAAGGAAAAGCAUGGAAAAUCAUAUCCAAACCAGGAUGAGGAUAAUGAACGUAUGCUUGCAUAUUUAAGUGCAAAACAAUUUAUUGAAAAGCAUCAACGAGACUAUACUGAAGGAAGAGUUAGUUUUCAGGUUGGAGAGAAUCACAUGGCUGAUUUGCCUUUCAACCAAUACCGCAAGCUUAAUGGAUUCAAACGCCCUCUUGGUGAUGCUGUUACACGAAAGAAUGCUUCUUCAACAUUUUUGCCCCCACUAAAUAUGUAUGCAGUACCAGAAUCUGUAGAUUGGCGUAACAAGGGAUUGGUGACUAGUGUUAAAAAUCAGGGAAUGUGCGGUUCAUGUUGGGCUUUUAGCGCAACCGGCGCUUUGGAAGGACAACAUUCUCGUAAAUUAGGAACACUUGUUUCUCUUUCUGAACAAAAUUUAAUUGACUGCACCAAAGGAGAGCCUUAUGGAAAUAUGGGGUGUAAUGGAGGAUUAAUGGAUAAUGCUUUCCAAUACAUUGAAGACAACAAAGGCGUUGAUACCGAGACAAGCUAUCCAUAUAAAGCUAAGAACGGCAAAAAGUGUCUUUUUAAACGGAGCAAUGUUGGUGCUACAGACACUGGAUAUGUUGAUCUACCUUCUGGCGAUGAAGAUAAAUUAAAGAUUGCUGUUGCCACACAAGGCCCAAUUUCUGUAGCAAUUGAUGCCGGCCAUCGCAGUUUUCAACUUUAUACUCACGGAGUUUAUGAUGAGGAGGCAUGCAGUCCCGAUAAUCUCGAUCAUGGUGUCUUAGUUGUUGGAUAUGGCACAGAUGACAUCCACGGAGAUUAUUGGCUUGUUAAAAAUAGUUGGGGGGAACAUUGGGGAGAAAAUGGGUAUAUUCGAAUGUCUCGAAACAAAGACAAUCAAUGCGGGAUUGCUUCUAAAGCUUCAUAUCCGCUUGUUUAA